AUGGACGCCAACGACUACGUCCCGUAUCUCGUCUUCGACCCCGCCCUGUCGCGUGGCUACGAGGUGUUGCUGUUCCGCCGCGAGCCCGAGAAGCCCAAGAAGUUCGACCUCAUUGAGUUUCUGUCUUUGCUGGAUGACAUGUCGGUCGGCGAGGAGGACGUAGAGAAUGAGGGCCAAGAUGAACCGGCUGGAGAACCUUCCAUGGAUGACUUGCAUCGUUUGACGGAAUGGCCACAGUCACAAUGGACGCUGCCUGUGUUCUCAUCGGCCACUGGAGAGUGGCAGGAGAGGUCAUUUGUCCGGGAAGGAGAGGCUGUCAAGACGAUGGCCAGUAUGCAACUGGAUGCGGUACAACCCAUGGAAUGGGGCCCAAGAUGGCGCUACAGUGUGUAUUGGCGAGGCGCGCUUUACGUCCAUUGCCGUGGUGCAUUUGUUGCAAGGAUAUCUUUAUCAGAUGGUAAAUACCGGGUAUUUAAUACACCAAUAGAUUUUGAGGAAAGCAAACAUGCAUGUCCUUAUCUUGGGAAGUCGGAAAAAGGGGUGUACUUUGUGACAAUUCACAAGUACAAUAACCUUCUUCGUGUUUGGAACCUCAGUGAAUCAAGCGGUCCAAUAGAUUGGGUACUAAAGCAUACUAUCGAGCUUGAUGAAUCUACUUUGUGGGCCGCGACGCGUUUCUACCAACACGAGAUUAAUGGACCUUGGAUCUUAGAGGACAAUAACAACGAUGAUGUGGAAAACAAGAUGGUGCCGCUAAAAGAAGAUAUUGAAUGGAACUCCGAUGAGAUAAUGCAUUCAUCAAUGGUAAUAUCAAUGAAGAACUAUGUGUCAAACAACCCCCUUUUGAAGGCCACAAGCAUCCUGACAGAGUGUAUAGGCUUCACAAAGUCCUUUAUGGGCUCAAGAAAGCUCCUUGAGCUUGGAAAAAUACCUCAAAGCCGCUUGAAGAAAUGUUUCAUGGAAAAUUGGGAAGACAUCAAGACUCCAAUGCCAACACAUGGACACCUUGACUCCCAAGAUAAUGAUAAACCAUUCAACAAAAAGUGUGUGCACGGAGGGUGA